AUGACUACCGAGGAUUCCUCUAGCCCUUCAACGAGGCGAACGACUACUCCAUCUGGGUUACCUCCUACACCUCUGACUUCCACGCAAUACGUCUUAUCUCAUCCCUCUCAAUCCGACAUUGACUUUUCCCCUUCCACAUCUGCAGAGCGUCCAUCCGAGGACACCGUAUCUCUUGUAGAAGGGGAACAAGUUAAUCAGAGCUCGCAAAGCUCUGCCUCAGGAUCAGCCAGAUCAGGAAGUGGUCUGGGUUCUUACAAGGCAGAUACGACUCUAGAAAUACUGGAUAAUGACGAAGACUUCGAUGAGGAAGAUAUGAUGAUUUUUGAUGAUGAAGAAACAGAGUUGGGAACGGGAACAGAAACUGGCACAGAUCACGACUUCGAUGUCGCUGAGCUUUUAGUGAGUGGGAGCCGUAGAAAUGGCAGGAAGAGACGGCGAAGAAGAUACAACGACGACGGAGAAGACAAAGAGGAGAAAGGUCUUUUGGAGCUCAUACCGCCGCUGAUUCUGGCACAUCCAUUACCGCUUUUGCCCUUGCUGGCUCUACUACCUUAUAACUUUCUACCUGCAGGAGUGGUUGUCUUUGUACCUAUAUUCUGCGUUCUAGCAUUGUUAUCAGCUUGUGCCCAUAUCGUGAUCGUCUAUCUUGCUUGGUAUCUCAAGGUGUCUUCUUUUGAGGAGGUUUUCGCUGCUGUCACUGCUAAAUAUGGCCAGUAUGGGUUGUGGACUGGGAGAGGAUUCGUAGUAUGUGCUGUGUUUGGUAUAGUGGUUAGUUGGAUAGAAACCCUUCAUCCUCUGCUGGCCCCAGUUGUCGAAACCAAUUUGCCCAGUAACGCUCUGUUCUCAUCUAGGAUAUUCUGGACUAUUUUAGCUUCUUCAUCGCUGCUACCCUCGCUCUUGCCCUCUCGGAUGACCAGAUCGCUUCGAAGAUCACCAAUCGUUAUUGCCCUGCUAUUACCUGUAGUCGCAUUUUUGGUGAUAGGACGAACAGUUGAAAUCAAGAAAGCCUCCGAAAUACCUCAACCCAUAGGUGAUGAUCCUGUAACUGAAGAAGUCGUCGCUGAAUUUGUAGGCCAUUUGGCGAGAAGGAGGUUUGGCUUAGCAGGGGGCAGUAGUGCAGGUGCAGGUUUGACUACGUUGACAAUCUUCUUUUCACCACAUAUCAACACGUUGCCAAUCCACUCAUCGUUAGCCAGAGCCAAAAGCACUUCAUUCCCCAUACCAUGCCUACUCGCCUCAUCAAUGAUCUUGAUUUUAUGUCUACCUCUGGCUUUAGUACCGUACUAUCUCUUACCGAUGAUCGAAAAUAUCUCAAUCCCUAUAUCCAGUCCUACGAGUCCCUCCGGCGUCUUUGCUAAAUUACCAGCAGAUGAUGGAUGGGUGAAUAUAUCUAGAAUACUCAUGUGUAUCGUCAUAUUAGGUUCGACCAAUAUGUGGAUAUUGAGAGGUAGAGAUACGAUACUGAGUAGUCUGGGAGUUGAUCAAGGUGAAAGACAAAAGGCAGGUAAAUGGGUUGGGUUAGUCAUCUGGGUCGUAGUAGUUUCGCUGGCUUGUAUAGGUGGUUGGUUGGCGGAAAAGAUAGAACUAUUAGGUGUUUUAGCUGUUCUAGCUAUUGGUUGGUUCUUACCGUCUCUUUUCUUUAUCAUCACAUUCCAUGUCCGUUCACCAUUAUCAAUCAUUUUCCCUUCCAGAGCUUCUGUUCCCUCAUCAAAUACCAACACCAACGCCAACUCAUCUACUCCAUCUCGUCGAAAUGGUCAUAAUCGAACGGAUAGCUUGAAUGACCCAAACACCGAUGUUCUUUUGGCAAGGAAAGAAAGACAAUUACAAAAACGCAGGUUAGGUAGGAGAUUAUGGCAAGACCUAAUUGUCUACGUUGGUAUCUUGCCUGUAGGAAGUUUGAGCAUAGUAUGGACUCUAGGUAGAUUGCUCGGGUUUUGGUAA